AGAAGUUGUGUGUCGGUGACCAGAGACAGCUCUCAGUCUGGGGCGAGCGCUUGAGUGAGCGCGGACGGAUGCUUGGGCAGUAGUCCCUGCGGCGGCCGCGGCAGCAGUAGUGGUGGCAGGAGAGGAAGGGGGAGGUCCCCGAGGGCUACACACGCUCACACUUUCAAGUUCCCUUGAAGGGAGAGGAGGUGGGGCUGCAGAAAGAGGAGGACGCGAGCAGUUCCAUCCGUCCUGUCCCGUCUCCCCCUCUUCCUCUUGCUCCCUGCACCCUGGCUCUGCGAGAGUUGAGGGUUCGGGUGGCAGUACGCGGCAGUGAGGGCAAGAGGGCCAGGAAAGUGGGGAGCGGAGCUAGGGGUACAGGGGAAGAUGCCCAUCCUGCUGUUCCUCAUAGACACGUCCGCCUCUAUGAACCAGCGCACUGACCUGGGCACCUCCUAUUUGGACAUUGCCAAAGGCGCUGUGGAGUUAUUCUUGAAGCUGCGCGCCCGGGACCCGGCCAGCCGCGGAGACAGGUACAUGCUGGUCACCUACGACGAACCCCCGUACUGCAUUAAGGCUGGUUGGAAGGAAAAUCACGCAACAUUCAUGAGUGAACUAAAAAAUCUUCAGGCUUCUGGACUGACUACUCUUGGUCAGGCUCUAAGAUCCUCAUUUGAUUUGUUAAAUCUCAAUAGAUUAAUAUCUGGAAUAGACAAUUAUGGACAGGGGAGAAAUCCAUUUUUUUUAGAACCAUCUAUUUUAAUUACCAUCACAGAUGGAAACAAGUUAACAAGUACUGCUGGUGUUCAAGAAGAGCUUCAUCUUCCUUUGAAUUCUCCUCUGCCUGGAAGUGAACUAACCAAAGAACCUUUUCGUUGGGAUCAAAGGUUAUUUGCCCUGGUGUUGCGUUUGCCUGGAUUGGCUUCUACUGAACCAGAGCAACUAGGGAGUGUACCAACUGAUGAAUCUGCCAUCACACAGAUGUGUGAAGUCACAGGAGGUCGCUCCUACUGUGUUAGAACACAAAGAAUGUUGAAUCAAUGUUUAGAAUCUCUAGUUCAAAAAGUUCAGAGUGGUGUAGUUAUUAACUUUGAAAAAACGGGACCAGAUCCACUUCCCAUUGGAGAAGAUGGACUUAUGGAUGCAUCUAGGCCAAGCAAUUCGUUUGCUGCUCAACCAUGGCAUAGUUGUCAUAAGCUCAUUUAUGUACGACCUAACUCUAAAACUGGUGUUCCUGUUGGACAUUGGCCAAUUCCAGAAUCUUUUUGGCCAGAUCAGAAUUUACCUUCACUACCUCCACGAACAUCUCAUCCUGUUGUGAGGUUCUCCUGUGUAGAUUGUGAGCCAAUGGUAAUAGACAAACUUCCCUUUGACAAAUAUGAACUUGAACCUUCACCCUUAACUCAGUACAUCCUGGAAAGAAAGUCUCCCCAUACCUGCUGGCAGGUAUUUGUUACUAGCAGUGGGAAAUACAAUGAACUCGGAUAUCCAUUUGGUUAUUUAAAAGCCAGUACGACUUUGACUUGUGUAAACCUCUUUGUGAUGCCCUACAACUACCCAGUUUUACUCCCUCUUUUAGAUGACUUGUUUAAAGUUCACAAGCUUAAGCCAAAUCUGAAGUGGAGACAGGCUUUUGACGGCUACUUAAAAACUCUGCCUCCAUACUACUUAUUAACCAAACUAGAGUCAGAACGAAUACUAGCCUCAGUGGGGAAGAAACCUCCCCAGGAAAUUGGAAUCAAAGUGAAAAAUCAUUCUGGAGGUGGCGUGUCCUUGACUCACAGUAAAAAUUUUAGAAAACUAUUGAAAGAAAUCAUAGGGGAAACUGCACCGAGACUGACAGAAUUGAAUACCAAAGAAUUUGCUGGCUUCCAAGUAGGGCUCUUAAACAAGGAUUUGAAACCUCAAACAUACAGAAAUGCCUAUGAUAUUCCACGUAGAGGUCUUUUAGACCAGUUAACCAGAAUGAGGUCCAAUCUGCUGAAAACACACAAGUUUAUUGUUGGACAAGAUGAAGAUUCCCUUCAUAGUGUUCCAGUUGCACAAAUGGGUAACUAUCAGGAAUAUCUGAAGACAUUGGCUUCUCCACUUCGAGAGAUUGAUCCAGAUCAACCAAAAAGACUACAUACUUUUGGCAAUCCAUUUAAACAAGAUAAGAAGGGAAUGAUGAUUGAUGAAGCAGAUGAGUUUGUAGCAGGGCCACAAAACAAAGUGAAACGUCCUGGAGAACCCAACAGUCCUCUGUCAUCUAAGAGAAGGCGGAGUAUGUCCCUGCUGUUGAGGAAACCACAAACACCACCUACUGUAACUAACCAUGUGGGCGGAAAGGGACCACCCUCAGCCUCGUGGUUCCCAUCUUAUCCAAACCUCAUAAAACCCACCCUUGUACACACAGAUGUUACUGUCAUUCAUGAAGUCCAUGAGGAGAAGAUGGAAAAUGGUCAAACCCCACCUGAUGGCUUCUUGUCAAAAUCUGCUGCACCAGAGCUGAUGAAUAUGGCGGGAGAUGGGAUUCCACCCAACCCAUUGGAUUCUCUGUCUGAUGACUUCAUGAGUCUCAGGAAAGAUGGCCUGAUUCACAAACCUGGUAGUAAUGCACUUGUGGGAGGAACCAAAAACUGUACUGUCUCCGUAGAUGAUCGAAAAGUCUCAGUAACAUCUACUUUAGGAGCUAUGCCAAAUAGAUUGCAAAUAACUCCUGCUAUGGCACAAGGAAUCAAUGCUGAUAUAAAACAUCAGUUAAUGAAGGAAGUUCGAAAAUUUGGACGAAAGUAUGAAAGAAUUUUCAUUUUGCUUGAAGAAGUGCAAGGACCUCUUGCAGUCAAGAAACAGUUUGUUGAAUUUACCAUCAAGGAGGCUGCAAGGUUUAAAAGACGAGUCUUAAUUCAGUACCUUGAGAAGGUACUAGAAAAAAUAGAUUCCCAUCACCUUCUGAACGAUGUCAAUCACAUCAACAGCAGAUCAUCAUGUUAAUGCAAAGACCAAGGAGAAAAAAGGACAAGUUGUCUGUGCUGUGGGAUGGAGCAGCAUAUUGUUGAAGCUUCCUAGAAUGUUUUGGUCAAGGGAGUUGUUUUCCAGGGGCUAAGAAAAAGCAGUGGACCUUUUUCAUUUUGUGAUUCUCUGACAGUAAAAGCUGGCUUUUGCCCCAAGAGUUCUCUUCGAAAGUAUUAAUUUGUUGUUUUGUUGUUUCUUUUCUUCAUUGAGGAAGAUGAUCUUAUAAAUUCAGCAGGUUAAAUGCGGUCAACACUGCCACGCCACCACAGGUGAUAAGGGUUCACUCAUUUGAACUUUGCCGUUCCAGGCCUUUCCCCAGUGACUAGGGGCCACCAGCAAGUGGAGCACUACUUGCUGUCCUUACUACGUCCUUGAGAAAGAAUAGGUGUUCAGAAUCCAACUGGUAAUCUUGUGUGUGCUGAACAAAGUUUUCAACAGUUCCUAGCUGUGCCUUUUAAACCAUGCGAUAUUCAGGACAGUUUGAAUCAAAGAGUAAGAAAGCUGCUAUUCAGGUAACUUAUUUCUCUGUGGGAGGGUGCAGGGAGAGUCACCAGGCAAUCUACCUCCAACUCUCUUCUAUUUUGUCUAGAGACAUUACCAAGUGCACCUGAGGCUGCCCCAACCCCUGACAUUUGUUCUUGCAUGUGACAACAGAAAGGCUUCAGGUGGACUUGUAUAUUCUGUGCUUUGGAAGCACUAAAAGAAAAAAUUAUGUAUAUAUUUCCUUUAAUGUUUAUACAAAGGUUUAUAUGGAGCAGUAUUGUUAUGUUUGUAUUAAUCUGCAGAAAUUUAAGUGUACAAAGAGAUUUUGACUUUGCAUAUAUAAAAUAAAUCAUUUUAUUGAUUUUCGCAACUUCGUUAAUACUAGAGAAAUUUCUAGUU